UCACUUAAUAGAACUGUCUUCAUCAACGGGCUCAUCAGGACCUUCCUUUCAUACCUUCUUUCAUUUAGAAAACAUUUUUUUUUCUAUUUGAACUAAAACUAGGAAUCUGAUCAUCCAACUGAAAUGGGGAAACUUCUUUUUUUCGUUGUUGCAGUUGUUGCAUCCUUGGCUUUUGGGGAGUCCCUGACCUGCAACACUUGCAGUUUUGAUAUUUUGGACGUCUGCCUUAGCAUGGGAACUGAGACAUGUGCAGCCAAUGUAACCAACUGUCAGAGUACAUCCGUUGAUUUUACUCUCUUCUCCAACUUCUUCAUCAAGUAUAGCUGUCUAGCUAGGAACGCACAGUGUGAUCGGUAUUUUGUUGGAUAUUUUCUGGGAUUUGAAUAUACAAUCAAAUCAGCCUGCUGUACUGAAGACCUUUGCAACACCUUUGAAAUCCUCAACAGUGCCCCAACAACCAAGAUGACCUUCACUACUGCAAUCGUUGGAGCCAUAUUGGCUUCUCUGUGGGGGGGACACAUUUAAUAAAAUUACAAACAAACUUUUCCUAUCUUUAAAUUAAUUUGUGCAAUAAAUAGUAUAGUUUAGAGAUGUGUCUAAAUUGCCAAAAGACCUUUUGAGGAUAAAGUUGAGGGAAUUAAUUAUCAAUCUAAAGUGAUUCUUUUCAUGCUGAUUUCUGAAAGAUGGAGGCUGAUCAAUGAGAUGUUCAAGAGAAACAUUGAGUUCAUGCAUAAUUCAUGGUGAUGAUUCCUUUUCUUGUUUUUAAAAAUACAAUUGUUUUUCUUUUAAUCUUUUUUCUUUCUUAUUGCACAAACAAAAAUGAAUAAAAUAGCUGUCAUGAA